CGCGCGCGCGCGUGUGUGUGUGUGCGUGCACUUCAGAUACAGCCCGCUCCAAAAAAACCACACAGGCGGAGUCUGAUUGUAAUUUACAGCGUGUUGUUUGUUUUUUUUUGUAUCAUUCUUUCAGACUUGUAAUUGAAGCUAUGUCUCAGAAGACAAGCUCAGCAGCCCUCACACACUCACUAACACACUCCAGGGAUUUAUGAUAACAAACAAAAGGUUCAAUGAGGGGUGAAAUAUUCACACUGCUCCUUGCCACAUGGCCGUGUCUACAGGCCCUCUUCAUCGUGAAGUCGGAGCAAGAUUCCUAUGAUGGAGAGCUGCGUGAAGCAGUCAGGAUGGGAUGCCGGUUUUCAGACAUCCCUAGUGUCUUGCACAUAUCCGUAAUUUGGCAGCGUAUCAAACCGCCUCCGGAAGUGGAAGUCUUUCGGCUGGAUAAGGGCGUCGAGAACCUCAACAUCACCAGCAAGCAGUUUCAGGGACGAGUGCGGCUCCUGAGGGAGGAGCUGGAGAAAUUUCGGGCCGUAAUCGAGCUCUCACAGCUUCGUCUGAACGACUCGGGGACCUAUCAGUGCCUUGUGAUCCAUGAUGAAGCUGACUACAAGCAGACCAAACUCACCGUCUCAGCACCAUAUAAAGCGAUUAAGAAGUCCGUCAGGAGGCUAAACGAAAAGGAGGUGGAGCUUUCCUGCCAGUCCCAGGGCCUCCCGUUGGCCGAUGUGACUUGGAGUGAUGGCAAGCUCAGAGAGCCACUUUUGACAAAUCGCUCCAAGAGCAGCCACACAACGAACAGCGACGGCGUCUUUGUCGUCACCAGCCGACUGUCCGUCUCAGAAAACACCAACAAUUACAGCUGUUCCUACAUAACAAAUGACGGCAAACCGAACCAGAUAGCGACGUUCGUUAUCCCAGAUGAAAUUCCUGAGGAGAGUAAAGGGGCCACGGGAUACAUAGCUAUUACUGUGAUAGUCUUGUUGUGCCUGGGAUUAUUCUGCACCUUUCUGAUUCUGCGCAAGAGAAAGAAAGGGCAGACAGGUUCAGACAUGCGGUCGAUUGAGUGUGAGUCACCUGGAGAAGAUCUGACAGUCCCGUUGACUGACCGUAAAGAAAACCAGCAUGUCAGCAUGCAGUCCGUCCCUCCAGGGCUGAGGAAAAUCGUGCUCCUGGAAGGAAAAGAAGGAACCGGCAAAACCUUUAUAACCCAAAGCCUGGCUUCUUCUUGGGCUAACCCUUUCACCUCAGACCUUCUCAACAUUCGAAAGGUCAAGCUUGUGAUUUUUGUGACCAUCGGGGGAGUUGCGGGGGAUUUCUUCGAAGUGGUAAAGUCCAGAUUCCCAGCAGAAGCAGAAUUGCAGACAAACAACCUCAAAGACAUUCUUCUAGGGAAUAAGGACAGUCUGCUCAUCCUCGAUGGUUAUAAAGAAGGUGACAGAGAACUGGAUAAGUCAUUUGUUAAGUUCCUACGAGAGAGACGUGCAUGCAGGGUGCUGAUCACAGCGUGCCCUGGAGAGCACGGCAUUCUGGGAGAAACGGACAGGAAGGUACUGAGGCUUUAAGACUGCCUGUGUUAGCAUGAGUUCAUAAAGAGAUGGACACAUGGUGUUAUUCGAUGGAUUCUGCCAAAAGAACUGAAGUGUAUAACUAAAAAUAUCUACCUAAUGUCCUUCUUUUUCCAUGUUGUGUUUUGCAUAAGAGUGACAAAUCGCUACAGUAUAUAUUACCUCUGAAAGAUAUCUAGUUCUUUUAAAUGACAUGCUAGGUUCUGUACUUUGCGUUAGCAUCAUUGAUAGAUGAGCAACGCCACUGUCCUGGCUACGCACACAAACCAGGACCAUUUCUGCUACAUCUUUCCAAGUAUUACUUUACUGCAUACUGUUUUUGUCUGUCUCUAUAAGCAUAUAUAGUGUGUACAUUAUCUCAUAAGAUCCAGAAACUUUUCUUCCAUUUGUACGUGUAUAAUAAUAAAUGGGAAAUACAGUA